AUGGUUGACCAGGAUUUGUUUACACAGGAAUCAUUUGUAGAAAACAUGGACAUCAGGGGUAGCUGGGUUGAACCAUUCAGUAAAAUUACGUUGGUUUGUUUUAUUAUUUAUAUAUAUACGAACUAUACAUGCUUUUAUUGUUAUGAGAGUACUCCAUCAAGUCUACGCAGUAGUGAUAAGUCAAGUAUAGCAAUGUCAAGUGAAGUAAGAGAGAGUAUAAAGAGGUACAGACAGGCUAAGGCUAUUCAAAUGCUUAAUAAUUUCAAAAAGGAGUUUAAAAAGGAAUGUGAAGAAGCAAAAGUUCUCAUUAAGAAGCUCUGUCAGGAACAUGAUGAGAGGAGAAGAAAGGAAGAAGAGAAAUAUAAAGCAAUACUAAUAAGAAUAGCAAGUGAGAUUGACAGAGAGAACAAAGAGCUUGAAACAAAUGCUAGAAAAACUGAGGAAACGCUGAAGGGAAUGGAGAAAAUCAUUGAAAAAAUAAAAAAACACUAUCAAAAAAGAACAGAGGAUUGCGAGAAGGCGUUAAAGUCGAUUUACGUUAAGUAA